AUGUUUUUCAUUACACUGUUUAUUAUCAAUGAUCAAUUAUCAUCAGUUGAAAGUGUCAAUAAGAAUGGUCAUCAUAUGAUGGUAAAAAGACUUCAGUCUCUGGCACUUUUACGUGGAAAUCGAUUCUAUGGAGAUAAAAAUUUGAAAAAUUAUCAUGAAAACAAAGGAAAAGGAGGAGAAUAUUGGUUUAAUAAAUCACCGUGGAAUACGUUGAAUAAUGGGAAAUAUUAUAUUCCAUAUUGUUUGAUGUAUGAGUAG